UCCAGCCGUGCUGGGCGCCGGGCGCCGGGCGCGGGUGACAGCGGGCGGCCGGGCUGGCAGCCGCCGCCGCCAAGCGGGGACGAGGCGGGCGCUCGGCCUGGGCAGCGCCGGGACCCGCCUAUUGUUCGCCGUGGCACGGGCUCCCGGGAGCCGCUGCUGAGCCGGGGCACGGGCAGGGGCAGCCGCGGAGGAAGGAUGUCGGUGGCGGGGCUGAAGAAGCAGUUCCACAAAGCCAGCCAGUUGUUCAGUGAAAAAAUCAGUGGGGCAGAAGGAACAAAACUAGAUGAAGAGUUUCAAGAAAUGGAAAGGAAAAUUGAUAUCACCAAUAAAGCAGUAGCAGAGCUUCUGUCCAAAUCCACAGAGUACCUUCAACCAAAUCCUGCAUACAGAGCUAAGCUGGGAAUGCUGAACACCGUGUCAAAAAUCAGAGGCCAAGUUAAAACCACAGGAUAUCCCCAAACAGAAGGGCUACUAGGGGACUGUAUGCUGCGGUUUGGCAGAGAACUUGGAGAUGAUUCUACAUUUGGCCUUGCACUGAUGGAUGUUGGUGAAAGCAUGAAGCAGAUGGCAGAGGUGAAGGACUCUCUUGAUAUCAAUGUCAAACAAAACUUCAUUGAUCCUCUGCAAUUAUUACAGGACAAAGACUUAAAAGAGAUUGGGCAUCAUCUGAAGAAACUAGAAGGCCGGCGUUUGGAUUAUGAUUAUAAAAAGAAGCGCCUAGGAAAGAUACCAGAUGAAGAAGUUAAACAAGCGGUAGAAAAAUUUGAGGAGUCAAAAGAGCUGGCAGAAAGAAGCAUGUUCAACUUCUUAGAAAAUGAUGUAGAGCAAGUUAGCCAGUUGGCAGUGUUUGCAGAAGCAGCGCUAGACUACCAUAAACAAUCCACGGAGAUUCUGGAGGAACUGCAAAGCAAGCUGCAAAACCGAAUAAAUGUAGCAUCUAGUCAGCCUAAACGUGACUUCAGACCAAAGCCUGUAAUAACAACAACUCUGGAAAUUGGUGAUAAUCAGCAGCACAAUGGGAUUUCAUACAGUUCUUCAGUAAAAUCAUCAGCGCUGGAGUCUGUUGUCGGUGGCCAGCUUCCUCCAGGGCAAUGUCCGGAUCUCCAGAAGGGGGUCGCCUGCUUGUCCUUCUGUCUCGGUUCUUCAAUGCACAUGGAUCAACCUUGCUGCCAGGCUCUGUAUGACUUUGAGCCAGAAAAUGAAGGUGAACUUGGUUUUAAGGAAGGGGACAUCAUUACUUUAACCAAUCAAAUUGAUGAAAACUGGUAUGAAGGGAUGUUAAAUGGAGAGUCUGGCUUUUUCCCCAUUAACUAUGUUGAAGUGCUGGUAUCCUUGCCUCAAUGAAUAUGUCAUCCAAGCUGUGAACAUCCUUUCAUGACUGAAAUGGAUUCACAAAUGUUCUAUCAGUGUGGCAUUCUGUGAAAGCCUUGCUCUUUGACCGACUUACUGACUUUUGUAUGCUUUUUUUUUUAAAUGUAUUUAUUUUGUAUUCAAGAACAUUACCUUCCUUGGUUACAUGAAAAUGCAAAAAAACCGUAGACCCAGUUUUUUUGCUUUGUGCCUUGAAGAUCACUGUUUGAAGUGUUCACUGGUAGCUCACUGUUGCUCCAACAAUGCAUUUCUUUGCUCCUUACUGUAUGUAGAUCCUUUUAUUAUUAUUAUUAUUUUAAAAAUUGCUUGGGCUGCAAUGAUUUUACUAUUGAAAACCAUUUUUAAGAAUACUGUGAGUGAAGCUAACUGUAACCAGUUCCUAAGAGUUACUGAUGUCAUUGAGCCUUUUUCAUCCAUCACAAUGUAACUUAAUUGUGAACUUAAUCCAUGUUUCACAUUGUAUGUUGACAAAAGGCGAAGUGGUUGUUGUCAGUCUUAAGACGUUGUUGUACUAAGUACAAGGUCUGAGUUGCAUAUUCCUAAAAUUUACUGACCAAACUUAAUAAACAUUACUGUGGUAGAAACACGACUGCUGCAGAUGCUUA